AUGGCUACUACUCCUGGAGCAUUCAUUGCAGGAGGAAUAGCAGCUUGCGGUGCCGUCACAGUCACACAUCCUUUCGAAACAGUCAAGAUUCGGCUUCAAUUACAGGGGGAAUUGCAGUCUAAGAAAGAUGCGCCAAGACUUUACCGAGGCGUUCUCCAUGGCGUGAGUGUGAUAUUCAAAAAUGAGGGACCGCAAGGGCUUUUUCGAGGUAUCGGCUGCGCAUAUAUCUAUCAAAUGAUUCUCAAUGGCUGUCGUCUCGGAUUCUAUGAGCCGCUACGUACUCGCGUCACCUCGAUCAUCUUCAAAGAUCCCAACAUGCAAUCUCUGGGUGUCAAUAUCUUUGCUGGCGCUACAUCAGGUAUCCUCGGCGCAGCAGCUGGCUCGCCGUUCUUCCUGAUCAAAACACGCUUGCAGUCAUAUUCACCGUUCCUACCCGUCGGAACUCAACACGGGUACAAAAAUGCAAUUGAUGGUAUGAAAAAGAUUUGGUACAGCGAGGGCAUUGUCGGACUCUAUCGAGGCGUUGGUCCUGCAAUGAUCCGGACAGGUUUCGGCAGCAGCGUGCAACUGCCAACAUAUUUCUUCGCAAAAAGGAGGCUCGUGAAGCAUCUGGGCAUCAAGGAAGGGCCUGGACUGCACCUUGCGAGCAGUGCUUGUAGCGGUUUUGUGGUCUGCUGCGUUAUGCAUCCGCCAGAUACAGUAAUGUCGAGAAUGUACAAUCAAACCGGAAAUCUUUACAGUGGCUUGUUCGACUGCUUAUUCAAGACGAUCAGGACCGAAGGAGUCCUAGCAAUCUACAAAGGCUUCUUUGCGCAUCUGGCGCGCAUUCUACCUCAUACCAUACUCACUUUGAGCUUAGCUGAGCAGACUAAUAAGCUGGUGAGGCGGUUGGAGAACCGAGUGUUGCCAGCGAAAGCAGCGGAAAAGUUGUAG